AUGAAGUUUCUCAACAUUGUGCUCGCUGUUUCCGGCGCCUUGGCGAUUCCGCGAGACCAGCAGAGUGCCGAGAUUGCUCACAGCGCAGAAGAUGUUUGCGGGAGAGCCGAAAACAUCAACAUGGACAAAUGCAAGACAGACACCGAGGAAUGCAUUAGAAAGAGUCUAGCCGAGCAGGAGCUCGCAGCUCUCCCACCAGCUACCUGGAUCUUCUUCUGGGCCAAUAUCAAAACAUGUGGUCUCUUGAAACAAAUUCAACAAGAGAACAUGACGGUGAAAAAUUUUGUUGCCUUGCAUGGCUCUGAUGCCUCCAAAAUCGAGUGCCAAGUAGAGGAAGGCAGCGUUUUGCACUGCGACGAAUGGUCUCCGGCCAAUCCUGGACCUUGCCUCGGCGAACCAAACGAUUGCCACCCGUUUAGCGAGCUUCCCGAGCUUUGUGCCAAGGCAGGGGGGUGCAAGACGUGUGAAUCCGAACUUGUCAGCAGGUUCGGCGGCACUCCUGGCAGUAUCAAAUGCGAGCUGGAAAAGUAG